AUGAUUUGUGAUAUAAUUGAUAUUGCACUCCGUACACCUUCAUAAAAAGAAAGAAUUUCUUUUGCAAAUACUACAGUCUCUCCAGCUAGUUCUAGUGAUUCAUCAUUUGAAUCAAAAUAAAUUCCGAAACUAUAAAUUCCAAGACCUUUACUAACUCAAGAUGAAAAAUUCGAAGCAUCAUUAUGUUCAUUUGGUAUCAUGAUUUAACUAUUAGACUUUAAAUUAUUAAUGCCUGAUGAAGGAAGUCAAUUCAAUCAAAAGUUACUUACUUAAGAACUAAUUGAAAUGAGGUUUAUUUUAGAUUAAGAUGAAAGAUAAAUUUACUCAAAGCUCUAACCCUUUUAUUACAGUUUAGAAAUAUCUGAAGAAAAUGUAUUUCACUAUUAUAUAUAGUAGAUACUUAAUGAUGAUAGAACUACUUUGAUGCUUAAGAAUAUUCCUAAAUAUAUGAGACCAAGUGAUUUAAGGAAUCUCCUAAAUAAAGACUUUAAAUCUUAAUUUGAUUUUCUUUAUUUACCAUCUGAUAACAAUGUAAAUACUCAUAUUCUAUAAUUAGAAAGAAGGAAAUUUAGGUUAUGCAUUUGUUAAUUUUCUUUAUCCAGAAACAGUAUUAAAAUUCUUUAAGAAAUACAAUAAUAAUAAAUGGAAUAUAAAUGAUAAAGUAGACAAAGAUAUUUAUUAUAAAAGCAAAUUUGCCAAUUGAAGUAUGCAAAAUUACAAGGCAGAAGAGAUCUUAUGAAUUAAAUAGAUGAAUGACUCCAUUUUCUAUUGAAAAUUUUGAUGAUUUUUUUGUUUUUUUUCAAAUUUUGAG